CUUACUCUAACUUCGAAUUCUGAAAUAAGCUAAUCUUCUAAGAUCAGACAAAAAGCCAAUAGAGAAGAGAAGAAGAAUAAUUCUCUAAGCGAUUUUUUUAUACGAUAAAAUAUAUAUGAUAAACUUUUGAACUUAUUGAGCAGAGACAAAAAAUUCAAUAAGAAAACGUUAGUUAGUUAAUUACUAGUUCUUGUCAUGGAAUUUUUAAAUUAUUCCCUAUAUUCUGCCAAAUUUUAGUUUUCUUGUAUCCAGCUGACUGUUUGUUAUAUAAACACUCUCAUGGGCACGUACACAUUCUAUUGGCCUUUCUGUAACUACAAAUUACACUAAGAAAGUGAGGUUAUGUUUUUGACGGUAAACGACGAUCAACUGGUAAAAAGUAGAAAAUUGGUUAACUUCGACUACAAGAGUGCGUACAAUCGCGAUCAUUGUAUGCGUUAUCACAAUUGCUAACGAGUUUAAUUAUCUUUGACAUUUAUGAACGUCUAGAGCGAAUUAUGCUCGCACUCAUUUAUGUACCGCUUAAGGCCGAAGUUUAAACAAAAUGAGAAUUAAUAUGUUUUCUAUGGUUUUGAUUAACAUGUAAUGAAAUUAGGUGGAUGUAAUUGUCGCUAAAAUAAUAAUUUUUAUUACUUAUACAUUCAUAUAAUCAAACUGAAAUAUAGCCACAGGUUACUAACAAUAAAAUGGAUCAUCAAAAUAUUAAAAAGGAAAUGGAUAUCCAUAAUGUAAAGGAAGAAGUAGAUGUUUACGAUGAUUUUCAAUCGAAUAUCGAUAUAAAACAAGAGGUAAUUGGAGAAACAUCUCCGCUAAAAAUUGAAAAUAUAAAUGUACAGAUAAAUGGAAUUUAUUCAAUCAAAAAAGAAAUCAACGAUGACUUUUAUACAACUAAAAUAUUUGAUAAGAACUUGGAUGUAAUUAAUAAAACAAAAAGAAACAUCCCUGAUACGACUAAGAUAAAACUGGCAUAUUUAAAAGUUGGAAAGCGAACUAAAUCCAAAGUUGCAGGGUCAAUAAGAAAUGGGAAAUAUAUUCAACCGAAUGCUAUGGGGUUAAUGAUAUGUGUAUAUUGUGGGAAAUUAUACACGAAACAAGUGGAAUUGACACGUCACUCAACAAUGAAUCAUUUCAAACAAAACAAAUUUUGUAGGGUUAAAAUUCACCAUAAAAUUAAAAAUCGCAUGAUGAAAAAUGUUGAUGUAAAAGAUGAGGUUGAAGUAGUUGAACAUAAAUUGAAAAUGGAGUUGCAAGACAUGAAAAAUCAGUUGGAUAUUACUGAUAAGUCAAAUAAACAUGUAAAUGAAGAUUCAAAAUUAUCACGUAAACGUCGUAAAUGUCGUCAGCACAAAAUGUCGAAAUUCGAUAAAGAAAAAGACGAAUUAUUGAUUGAAUCAGUCCAAUGUUAUUGUGCAUUAUACAAUAAAAGUGACAAGGAAUAUAAAAAUAAUAUUUAUAAACACAAAUGUUGGGAAAAAAUUAGCGAAAUAGUCGGAUUGCCUGUUUCAGAAUGUAAGAAGAGGUGGAAAAGUCUUCGUGACCAGUACAAUAAAAAAACUAAAGAAAGCAGCGGCACAGGUUCAGCGAAAUUAAAUAAUACUUGGGAAUAUAUGAAGUUAAUGUCCUUUCUGUCAAAUGCUCCUGGGAGACGACGAAGUAAAGCUACAGGAUAUACUGUAAACGAUUCACAGACAAAUACCGGUAAUAAGGGCGUUGAUUCUGAAUGCAAUAAUACGCCUAAUACAGAGGUCAAUACUGGCUCGGAUUCUGAAUGCGAGGUACAUGUCGAAAGCAGAGAUACUUCAUUUGGAAACAUCGGUGACACUGAUACUCCGUCUCGAGGUCCGACAAUAUCCAAGAAACGGAAGCCGAGUAAAUUACAAGAAACAAUAGAUAAAAGAGAAAGUCAGAGACUAAAUUUGUUGGAGGCACUAGUUCACAAUACACAGAAACAAUCGCAAGUUCGACCUCAGUCGGCAAUCAAAAAGUUUUUUGAAUCAAUGGCUGACGUGGUGGAAAAUUUUCCGCCUCGUGAACAAGCCAUCAUCAGAGCGAAAGUUUGUCAGUUAAUAUCGGAUACAGAGAUAAAACUAUCUUCAGCAGUAACUCCACGCCCGAUCAUUUCAACUGAAGGACAACAAAAUAAUUUAAUAUUUGAUUUUUAAUUUGACUAUAUGCUAUUACACAGUUAUUCUCUUACCUUAGUGCCAACUUCUUCAGGUGAUAUCGGCUUAGGAUGCCUUUUUGAUGUGUUUGAAUUGAUUGACACGAAAAUAUUCAAUAAAUCUGAUUUUGUUGCC